GUUUGGUCAUUCAGCAUUUCACAGCCUGUCCACCUUAAAUCAAGAUCUCUCGGGUUUAAGCUGUUAUGCGAACCAUUGUGCUGUUGGUGUUGUGGGUACUGGGAACAUCACUGGUGUUGUCAGACCCCGACACAGCCGGAGAGAAGGUGACCGAAGAGCCGAUUCCAUGUUCUAAGGGAUGCACCUGUCUGCACGAUGAAUACAGCUUGGAGCUCAACAUGUACUGCAGUGCUCGAAACUUCACGCAAAUCCCACCUGAUAUGCCGCCAGCCACACACUCUCUCUGGCUGGAUGGCAACUUAUUCACCUCACUCCCAGCAUCGUCUUUCAAGGAUCUUACCAAUCUGGACUUUUUGAAUCUGCAGAGUGGCCAGCUGGUGACCGUUGACCCUCAGGCUUUCAAAGGACUUCGGUCACUAGCACACAUUCACCUUGAGCGAAAUCGCUUGCGGGCGUUACCGGGUACUAUCUUCGAGAACACACCUAACCUUGCCUCACUUAGUCUGCAUAACAACCAGCUGACUCGUAUCGAGGAGAGACUGUUUGCUGGACUUUCACACAUGUGGCUUCUGAACCUAGGGUGGAACUCAAUAGCAGUCUUACCUGAGACAGCUUUCCAUGACCUCCAAGGUCUACGAGAGCUUGUUCUUGCAGGGAACAGGCUUGCUUACUUGCAGCCACAGCUCUUCCAAAAUCUUGCUGAGCUUAAAGAGUUGGAUCUAACCGGAAAUUAUCUCAAGGUCAUCAAGGCUAAUGUGUUUGUUAAACUCACUAAACUGCAAAAGCUUUACCUGGCCCAAAAUCAGAUCGUGACAGUGGUUCCCAGAGCCUUUGUAGGCAUGAAGUCACUCAGAUGGCUGGAUCUCACAAAAAACAGACUGACUGCUCUUCAUGACGACACUUUUUUGGGACUGCACAGUCUUCAUGUGCUGCGUCUUUCCAACAACGCUAUCACUGGAAUUAGGCCCAGGACUUUCCGUGAUCUGCAGUACCUAGAAGAACUAAGACUCAGCUACAACAGGAUCAGAGCCCUGGGCGAGAGGAUCUUUGAAGGCCUUAGUCAUCUGGAGGUCCUGGAGCUAGAGCAAAAUAACGUACAGGAGGCACAAGUUGGUAGUUUCACAGGCCUGUCUCAUGUGGCUGUCAUCAACCUGUCUGGAAGCUGCUUCCACAGUCUACCAGACCAAGUGUUCAAAGGCCUGUCGAAUCUUCACAGCCUUCAUCUGGACAGAGGCUGCCUAACAAGAAUCACAACUCAAGCAUUCACUGGACUGUCUGGUCUACGAAGGCUUUUCUUGCAAUACAACAACAUCUCUACAGUGGAACGCCAGAGCUUUGUAGACCUGGUAGGCCUUCUGGGACUAGACUUGAGAUUCAACAAGCUGGAGGUUCUCCCAAGCAACACAUUUUCUGGUCUAAAGAAUUUGGAGUACUUGCUAUUGUCCAACAAUGAAUGUCGGCAGUUUUUACAAAAUGGCACAAAGCAGCUACUUCCAAGGCUGCGCUAUCUAGACCUGAGAUCUAAUGCCCUGACAAGCAUGGUCCCUGAUUUCCCAGAGAGUAUGGAAAAACUUUUGCUGUCUGGGAACCGGUGGAAAUGUGAUUGCGGUGCCCUCCCACUCAGAAACUACAGCCUGAGAAAUCCACUGGUGGUACCUCGGCAAGUGGAGACCCACGCAGAGAGUGAAGAGCCUGACACUACUAUCACCAUAUACAACAACAUUACAUGCACCAGCCCACCAAAUCUAGCUGGUGUGGACCUACGGGAUAUUGACAAUGAACACUUCCAAAUCUGCUAA